GGCUCUGUGUGCUGUUUUAAAGUCGCUAAAGGGGAAGUUUACGUUUGAGGAUUGGUCUCUUAAAGGUUUUGGUAAAGCAGAUAAAUUUGAAUUUUCUUGGAAAGUCUAAAUAGCAUAUAUAUAUCCUUGUAAGUUUUAAUUUCUUGCUUGCUUGUAUAUAUUUUUUGAAUGCUUGCUUUGGUGGGUUUUUAUUUUUUAUUGGUUUGUGAAGGAUAAAAUAUUAUCUGCUUGUUUUGAUUAGUCUAAGAUAGAUUUCGUGUGCUGAGUCGAUAUAGUGAAAAGAAGAGGUUUCUGGGAAAGGUUUCAGGAAGUUGUUUGGAGGUUUCAUUCCUUAAUUGUCAUAUUUAGUGGCUUCUUGUUCUUGUCGUCGUCGUCGUCUGCGUUUAUAUUGGGGCUUUUUGUUUUCAGUUAUUCUUGUAGUUAACCUGUAGUUGUUGAUUUUGAUUGGUUUGUGGAGUAAGAAAAACAGUUGUUGUUAGGAACUGGAAAUUUCUUGUAAAUAUUUGAGUUGAUGGGGGGUAGUAAUUCGAAGGAGGAUUCGUCAUAUCAUUCAAAUUCAUCUUCAUGGGAUUCUCAUCACGGGUAUCCUCAAUCACCAUAUGGUCAAGAAAGCCAGAGUUAUGCGCCUCAGCAUAGCUAUGCAUCCCCACAGUAUUAUCCACCUUCGCAACAAGAGCCACAGGAUUAUCCAUCUUCACAAGACCAUGGCAGUGAUAAAAGGGUACUACAGAGGAGGUAUUCGAGAAUUGCAGAUAACUAUAACUCCUUAGAUCAGGUGACGGAGGCUCUUGCUAAUGCUGGUCUUGAAUCUUCCAAUCUCAUUGUUGGUAUUGAUUUCACGAAGAGCAAUGAGUGGACAGGGAAAAGAUCAUUCAAUAGAAAAAGUUUGCACCACAUUGGAGAUGGUUUAAAUCCCUAUGAACAAGCAAUAUCGAUCAUUGGGAAAACCUUAGCUGCCUUUGAUGAGGACAAUUUAAUUCCUUGUUUUGGAUUUGGUGAUGCAUCAACACAUGAUCAAGAUAUCUUCAGUUUCUAUCCAGAUGGGAGAUUUUGUAAUGGAUUUGAGGAAGUCUUAAGCCGCUAUAGAGAAAUUGUGCCUCAUCUACGACUUGCAGGACCUACAUCAUUUGCUUCUGUCAUUGAAAUGGCCAUGACCAUUGUUGAGCAGAGCGGUGGUCAGUACCAUGUGUUAGUGAUAAUUGCUGACGGGCAGGUAACUAGAAGCAUUGAUACUCAGCAUGGCCAGCUAAGUCCACAAGAGCAGAAGACUGUCAAUGCGAUAGUGCAAGCAAGCAAGCUUCCUCUGUCAAUUAUAUUGGUUGGUGUUGGAGAUGGACCUUGGGACAUGAUGAAGGAGUUUGAUGAUAACAUUCCUGCUCGAGCAUUUGAUAAUUUCCAGUUCGUGAAUUUCACGGAGAUUAUGUCAAAGAAUACACCUCCCCACCGAAAGGACACCGAAUUUGCUCUAUCUGCUUUAAUGGAGAUUCCUUCACAGUACAAAGCUACCGUUGAGCUUAAUAUUCUCGGUGGUCGAAUGGGAAAUGUUCCAGAGAGAGUUCCCCUACCUCCUCCUACAUAUGGUGCAGCAUCUUUCAACAGCUCAAAAUCCCAUUCUACCAGUUUCCAAUAUGGUUCUGCAUCUUUCAGCAGCUCAAAACCUUCCCAUCCUACCAGUUUUGAACCAAGCGUCCCUCCUUAUCCUGAAGAUACAACUGUUGACUCAGCUCCCCCAGCUCCAACUUCUACGUAUGAUAGCCAGCUUUGUCCUAUUUGCCUUAGUAACUCUAAGGACAUGGCAUUUGGUUGCGGGCAUCAGACCUGUGAAGAAUGUGCAACAGACCUCCAAACCUGCCCGAUAUGUCGAAGUCCAAUCCAAACCAAAAUAAAGCUCUACUUCUGAUUCUUCUUCUGUUUUAAAACUUAUCUGUCCCAUCAUUCUUUGUAAUUUGUUGUUGAGAAGAUGCAAAUAGUGAUAGGCUGUUUCUGGUGCCUAUGAACCAAAGGGAUCUCAUCAUCCUUUGUACAUUCUCUUUUGGCUUGAACCCUUUGUACAUUUCUGAGAUUUUGAUUAUUUCAUUUA